UGGCGUACGAGUGGGAUGGAAUACGACACGCUGCGUGGUUCAGAAGCGCACGCAUCCGGCACCUCGCGUCGCAGCCCCAGCGGCAGGACCCUGUUCCGUCACGCAUGAAGCACCCGCACGCCUGGAUUGUGAAUUGUCCCCCAUAUAUUUCCGUUCCUGCCAUGUCGACGCCUGAUUUUCUCGUGCCCUCUUCGUCCGUCUCACAGCUUCAUCGUCUUCCGCUCUUUUAUUUCUUCUUGGUGCUGGCUCACUGCUCUUGGCAUAUCCCUACACGCAUACAUAAUAACCUCUGGAGAUCUUUCCCUCCUCACCCCAGACUCCUAAUAAUACUACCACGAUGAGCAACCCACUCCGAACCCGUCUCACCCUCCUCCUCCUUGCCCUCUUCUCGACCCUCAUAUUCGCCGAAAAACAUGCUGCCGCUGUGCUCGCCGUCCGCCAAGCCGCUGCACCACCAGUCGACCAAUGUCUCGACUACUCCCGCACAGCGAACCUCUCUGUCAUUGGCACAAACAGCACCUACCGAGCUACCUACCUGCAAGAAUCCAACAUGGGCACCCUGGCCAACCAAAAGAUGUUCAAUGCUGCGCAAGCCAAGUUACCAAAGCUAACAGCCGAUGCUGCGCUCAACCAGGCAUGCGGGAAUCUGACAACGGUUGCGUUAACGGAGGCCGAAAAGAAUUUCAGUUCGAAGAUUGUGGGUCCGUUUCGGGAAGUUAAGCUGGAUGCUCAGAAGAUCGAUGCUGGGCCGCUAGUCGUAGUGAUCUGUGGGUUGAUUGUGCUGGGUGUGUCACUUGUUUGGGGGAUUAUGCCGUAAGGUGUGAUGGGAUGAGGGAGAAUUAUUGGAGGCUUGGGGUUUGGGGCGGGUGGUGAAGAUCAGAUGAAGGCUGUGAGUUGUAGAAGGUGUCAGGAGCAAGAGAUCUGAUCACUACUCGAAGUCGCGAUUUCUUUUCUACUAUGCUAUUUACGGGUUAAGCAAUUAUAUCACCGGAGCUGUCAUAUCGAUGGAAUUGGAAUGGAGUAGGUUCAUUGGAUCAAAUGGAAUGGUUCGAGUGGCUACAUAUUUUCCUCUCAACCCAGCCUAUAGGCAAGGACAUGAAAUAAACUAAAGUCAUUUACA